GUCGUCUUUGUGCUCCCCUUGGUCGCGUACUCGAGCGCGCACCGCUUCGCGACCGACUGGCAACGACAGUCAACAACGUUGCCGACAACGACAAGCGUGGACAUCCGCCCUCCAUUUUAUGUGCUGAUUACCUGUGCUCGCCUCCGACGCCGUUCCUUCAGACACACGCUCCCUAUCCCCCUCUAAUCUAUUCCGCCCACUCUACGCUGCACAGACUAGUACUCGAUACCCGUUCCUCGUCUGGGGCUCUAAUGUUCAUCGACUCCCACCAGCUCGCCCGCCGGGACGACUCAGGUGGGAAGCUCUCGACGUCGACCAUCAUCAUUAUUGCCGUCGUAUGUGGCUGCGUCGUCGUCCUCGUCUUCACCCUCUUCCUCUGGCGAAACCUGGCCCGCUCAUGCCGUCGCGACCGCAACAUCCCGCUACCACCUCCGCAGGACCUGGCGCACCAUCGCGAGCAACAACUUGCCGCCUUCGCGGACCGCAACUCCUCGCGCCCCGCGACAUGGGUUGAGCCCCAUCCCCGCAUGUACUCUGCGCACUUCCUCUCGGCAAGCGCGAGCAACGCGUCGCUCAUCCGCGGCAGCUCCGACUAUAGCCGUGGUCCAUCGCGCGAGAACUCGUGGAUGGCAGAGGACGCGGCUACCUCUGCCGAGAGCUCGCCCUUGCCCUAUCCGCACCCGCUGAGCGUUGAGAACGAAGACUUCCGUGCACCCAAUCCAUCAUAUUUCGGCGACGUCAACCCGCACAAUAGUAUGGCGAGCGUCGCGAGCGACUCCUCGGAGGGCGGCGGGGUGCUCACGACGUCCCCGUCUGAGCUCACGCACUCGGUGGAGUCGUCCGCAUCUCUCAUGCGCAACGCUGUCUCCCCCGCCCGCCCAAGACCUCCGCGCACCUCGCGCUCACAGUCCCGCGCUCUCUCUAUCGUGUCCUCCGCGGGAACGAUGCACUCGAUGCGCACCACGCAGUCCACCAACAUGCUGCGUGGGCCCGCGCACAGCAUCCAUAGCAACAUCCAAAUCGUGCUCCCCGCACCGCUUGCGCCCGAGCUGUAUCCUCCUGGGCGACCCACGGACGACCGCAUUAGCAUGUACGGCAGCACGCCGCGCACGAGCAGCUUCUAUGGAGUCAGCGGGGAAGGCGACCGCAGAAGCACCGCGGAUCCCUGGCUCGGGGGCGCGUCGCGUUCGCAGAGCCGCGUCGACGUGCGCAUGGACCGCGAAGCGAGCGGCAGCAGCUCGCGUCUGUCCUCCGUCGGCCCGCGAUCCGCCUCUGUCGCACUGCCUCGGAGCAGCCUUUCCCGCGUCGCGAGCACGUCCUCGCUGCGCGACGCAAACGGGGACAGCGCGAGCAUGAAGGCACGCAGGGCACGCUCACAGCCGCCCGCCGAGAAUCCGCUGCCCCCGCUUCCCCAACCUGCGUUCUUCGCGCCGUCCCGUGAGGCAUCACCGGCGCCACCGCGUAGCCCGGUCCCGCCCGUACCACGCAUUCCGUCCAUGUAUGGAAUGCCCGGUGUGCCUUAUUCGGUCCCGGAAGAGCAACAGCGGCGGCCGAGCGGAGAGAGGGAGGCACGAGGGAGGCCAGUACGGAAAGCGGCACCGCCCCAGUUGGCGGCGGGCAUGUUGCCUGCAGGGGCGGCACCGCCGUUGUUUGACCCGUUGGCGCAGACUGGGUAUGUGGGCAGCUGGGUGGAGCCGGAGGAUAGUUCGCGGGACUUUGUGGAGCAGGAGCAGGAACAGGAGCGCGAGCGGGAGGCGAGAGCGCGGUCGCGGUCACAGCGGCGGUCGUCGAAGCUGCAGAAACAGCGGUCGCGGUCGCGGGGUGCCGGUGAACGGCGUGCGUCAUAGCAUUGGCGCAUCGGCGGGGAGGGAAGGCGACGGGUGGUGAUGGCGGAUGGGAUAAGAGUGUGGGAUGAGUUGUUGGAGAGGCGUGUUGGGGUUGGCGAGAGACAAUGCUUCGGAGAACGUUGCACACCGGAACGCUGCACAUGUUACACACAUUAGUACAUAUACUACCGCUCGUGCAUAUGAAUGCUCGGCCGUCAGCAA